UUGUACAUGGAAGUCUCGAUAUAUAUUUUAUUAUAUACAUAUACAUAAAUAUACAUAUACAUAUGUGGAUUACGCUGAUUAGAUAAUGCCAUAAAUUAUAAAUAACUUUUGAGUAUCUUUUCAUUAAUCUCAAAUUAAGUUAUAGGUUAUAGCACAUGUUGAUUGUUGUCUAUUGAUAAUUUCUUUGCACGUUAUAUUGUGAUAAAAAAAUAUUUAUACAUAAUGUUAUACAGAAGUCGUUAUAUCCUGAGGCAAUUUCGGCCUUUCGUGAGACUUUAUCAUGAAGAAGCGUCUGUUAUUGGUAGUACACCAGAUUCUAGCUCACCAAUGUAUCAGGAGAAUUAUGCACAAAUGAAAAUCCUUAUUGAUCAAUUAAAAAACACUGUGGAGAAAAUAGUUGAAGGUGGUGGACAAAAAGCGAGGGAUAAACAUGUAAACAGAGGGAAGCUUUUACCUCGGGAAAGAAUAAAUACCCUUCUAGAUAAAAAUUCACCUUUCUUAGAGUUUUCACAACUGGCAGGUUAUGAGAUGUAUGAUAAGGAAGAAGUACCAGCAGGUGGGAUUAUCACUGGCAUUGGGAGAAUAGAAGGUACUAAAUGUAUGAUAAUAGCAAAUGAUCCUACUGUAAAGGGUGGAACUUACUAUCCUAUAUCGGUUAAGAAGCAUUUACGUGCUCAAGAAAUUGCGGAAGAAAAUGAAUUACCUUGUAUAUAUCUAGUUGACAGUGGAGGUGCAAAUUUGUCUAGACAGGCUGAUGUAUUUGCUGAUAAAAUGCAUUUUGGCAGAAGUUUUUAUAAUCAAGCAAACAUGAGUGCUAAAGGAAUAACUCAAAUUGCAGUGGUUAUGGGAAGUUGCACAGCAGGUGGUGCAUAUGUUCCUGCUAUGGCAGAUGAAAAUAUUAUCGUCGCUAAUCAAGGCACGGUAUUUUUAGCCGGUCCACCGCUGGUAAAAGCUGCAACCGGUGAAGAGAUUUCAGCGGAGGAUUUAGGAGGAGCUGCGCUUCAUUGUCGACAAUCCGGCGUCAUCGAUCACUGUGCAAUAGAUGACACUCAUGCUUUGCAUCUGGCACGUCGAAUCGUGAAAGAUCUAAAUCGGCAACCACCUAUGGAUGUAAAAAUCAAUAAAAAUAUUGAAUUGCCUAUACACGCCGUCGAUGAAAUCUAUGGCAUUGUUGGAACAAAUCUGAAACGUCCGUUUGAUGUGAAAGAAGUUAUAGCAAGGAUCGUGGAUGGAUCGAAAUUCCAUGAAUUUAAGACACAAUACGGUGAAACUUUAGUCACGGGAUUCGCUACAAUUUACGGCUAUCCUGUCGGCAUUGUCGCGAACAACGGUGUAUUAUUUUCCGAAAGUGCUCUGAAAGGCACUCACUUUGUGCAACUUUGCGCUCAAAGAAAAAUUCCUCUUAUCUUUUUGCAAAAUAUCACUGGAUUCAUGGUGGGUAGAGAUGCAGAAUUGGGAGGUAUCGCCAAAAAUGGUGCUAAAAUGGUAACAGCAGUAGCCUGCGCGCAAGUACCGAAGAUUACAGUAAUAAUCGGAGGUUCUUAUGGAGCUGGAAACUUUGAAUCUCAGUAAUGGGAGGAGAGCAAGCAGCUAAUGUAUUGGUGCAAAUUGCAAAGGACCAACGUGUGAAAGAAGGCAAACA